AUGGCCGUUCCUCUGCUAACCAAGAAGAUUAUCAAGAAGCGUGUCAAGAGGUUCAUCAGGCCUCAAAGUGACAGGAAAAUAUGUGUCAAGCAAAGCUGGCGCAGACCCAAGGGUAUUGAUUCCCGUGUUAGAAGAAAGUUCAAAGGAGUUACGUUGAUGCCCAACAUUGGUUAUGGUUCAGACAAGAAAACCCGUCACUAUCUCCCUAAUGGGUUCAAGAAGUUCCUUGUCCACAAUGUCAAGGAUUUAGAACUCUUGAUGAUGCACAACAGGACAUACUGUGCUGAGAUUGCACACAAUGUGUCAACUAGGAAGAGAAAGGACAUUGUUGAGCGUGCAGCACAAUUGGACAUUGUUGUCACUAACAAACUUGCUAGACUUCGCAGUCAAGAGGACGAGUGA